CCGCCGGUGCUCAUGACCUGGGAGCUCAGGAUUCCGAGGAGCAAAACCAUUGGUCUCAUAAUGCUACAUAUUUUAUUUUAGAGAUACGACAAGUGAAGUGAUUCCAGUGAUAUCCUGACGAGUUUUCUGGCGAUCGAUUUUCCUACAUUUCUCAUUGCGCAUAUCUCAAAUAUCCCAACGAUUUGUCUCUCUCGGCAACCUUCAAUUCAAGUCCCAGAAACAGUCCGCAACGAUGGCUCCAAGUCUUCCUAUCAUCGAUUACGCCAAGAUCAUCGGCGCAGACAAAGCCAGCGAAGAAGAGAAGCGCAAGCUUUACCAGGCCUUCGUGGACGUCGGCUUCGUGUACCUUGCGAACCACUCGAUCCCUAUCGAGGAGCAAAACAAACUCUUUGAACAUGCUAAGAGGUUCUUUGCCUUGCCAGAAUCCGAGAAGGCCAAAGUCGAAACAGGAGAGUCCAAGGGGUUCCACGGCUGGUUCUCUCCUGCUCGCACUUCUGGCAACAAGCACACGUCUGAUCUCAAGGAAGCCUUCGACAUCGGAAAGGAGAACGAUCCCACAAGGCCCAACCAAUGGCCCGAGAAUUGGCCCGAGUUCCGCGAGGACAUGAACUCUUUCUUCGAGAAGUGCCACCAGGUGCACCUCGUGCUCCUCCGCGUCCUCGCGCAGCAAGUGGGCAUCGACGAAAACUUCUUCGAGCCGCAUGUGGAUGCAAGAGAUCACUUUUUCCGCGUCAUCUACUACCCGGAGACAACGCGGGCUGGGCUUCGGAACCGGCUGCGCGCAUCGGCGCACACCGACUACGGCACCCUCACCCUCCUCUUCAAUGACAAUAGUGGGGGGUUGCAGGUCCGUCGAACGGAUGGGACCUACAUUGAAGCGCCGCCCAUCCCCGGCUGCGCCAUCAUCAACGUCGGCGAUCUCCUCGCGCGCUGGUUCAACGACAGGCUCCUGUCCACAGAACAUCGUGUCGUGGAGCCCGAGCCUCAGCCGGACGAGGAUGACAGCAUUCCGGAGGUCAUCCCAGCCCGCUACGCCAUCGCCUGGUUUGGUCAUCCCAACCGGGACGCGCUCGUGGAGCCCCUUGAUGCAUGCUGCACAGAAGCGGCGCCCAAGAAGUACAGCCCUGUCUACGCCGGACAGCAUGUCGUCGAGCGCUUGGCAUACCUGCACAAAAACGGCCAGAACACGACUACAUGGACCGAUGACAUGCAGCGGCACGCCCCCGAGACCGUUGCUGCCGUGCCGGCGCUGCUCACCAAGGUGCUGUAAGAGACGGGAGAUGACGCUAGUCGGAGUCAAUCGGACCCCUGAACACGGACAUGGGGGACCUGUCGCGGAGGGUUGGGGGGGUUUCACUAGGUCCUGAUAGCUACUAUGUAGGGUACCUUAGGUAAACGAAAUCGCGACUUGUUG